AUUUCAAAUAUUAUUAACGGAGACAAACCGUUCGAGACACUUAAUUUGAUGUUGGCUAUGCCAGAUAAAGCAAAUUUUAGAUUCACAAUUCAGCACGAUAAUUCAUUUAUUAUCAACUUACCAGAAAAUAUUGCCGUAGCUGAUCAGAAGGCAGUGCAAGAAGCAAUAUUCCAAGUUACAAAUAUCCAAGCGCCUCAACUUGGCCGCAACGAAACUUAUUCGAAUGAUCGUAGCACAUUGUCUCGGCUUGGAGAAAAGAGACGAAGAAUAAUUGGAAAUAUUACACAAAAUGUACUUAUCACUGCAUUAGAUAAAGGAAGACCAGAAUUCUCCAACCUUAAAGAAAUAUGUAUUCUAAUAGGUUUGGUCCGAAAUAUGCGAUUCCCAGAUACGUACAUAAAAGCCGCUAGAGUUGAACAAGAUGAUCAAGAUGAUUUUGCUUCAUUGAUGCAGAGCUCAGAGGCUAUUGGUUUCACUAUGAUGCCUACUAUGGCUUCUUAG